CAGGUCCUGUGCUCCAGGUCCCUCCACACCAACAACGCCAGCGAUGAACGAGGUGAAGGAAGCGCUUCGCAGUGUGGAGCAGAGGUACAAACUGUUCCAGCAGCAGCAGUUCACAUUCAUCGCCGCCCUGGAGCACUGUCGAGACAAUGCACAUGACAAGAUCCGGCCUAUUGCCACCAUAGGGCAGGUGCAGAACUACAUGGAACAUCACUGCAGCAGCUCCACAUACAGGCGCAUCCUGCUCAUGUUCCUGGACAUCUGCACUGAGCUGGCCAGGCUCUGUCUGCGCUUUGAGGCCCUGCACGUGGGGACGCCAGUCACCAACAACCUCCUGGACAAAUGCAAGAUGCUCGUCAGCCAGAGCAAUGAUCUAAGUGGCCUCCGAGCCAAGUACCCCCAUGAUGUAGUGAAUCACCUGAGCUGUAAUGAGGCCAGGAACCACUAUGGCGGCGUGGUGAGCCUCAUCCCACUGGUGCUGGACCUGAUGAAGGAGUGGGUCAUGCACUCGGAGAAGCUGCCGCGGAAGACCCUGCAGCACGUGAGUGAGGCUGACUACUCGGGCCCGCCUGCCCGCACCCAACUCUGGGGCCAGCAGCCCCGGUGCAGGCUGCAAGCCAGAGACAAGCAUAGGGGGAAGGAGCAGCAGAGCUCAAAGCCUCCCUGGAGACCACCGGGGGGGAGAUUGUAGCUCCCUUCCCGUCGGCCCUGGCCCCUGCAGGGCACUGCCUUCCUUAACCGCUACUGAGGCCCCGUGCCCACUGCCGCUGUCGCCACUCACCUGCCCGGCCUCUGAAACCCAAGGAGGCCGGUGAUGUUUGGACUCUGGUGCCCAGCCAGGCACACCACCACCUUCCAGCAGCUCGAACCACAUCAGUGUGAUCGGUCCCAGGACCGAAGCCCUGCCCGGGCGCAUGCCCUUCUCUCCCUGGCAAGCAGCCGGCAGCGUGGAAUCUGUGGUCUCACAAGCAGCCACGAUACAGGCACCGCAUCAGGCCUGCCAGCAACCCUGACUCUUGCUUUUUCCUUCACAGGGGGCGACUUAGCUUCUGUCUUUGCUUCCUCGGGCUCACAGGCAAGAAUAAAGUGUUCUACCAGCUCCGUGCUGGCUUGCUU